AUGCUGUCGCCUCCAAAACGCCGGAAGACUGGUGACCGGUCAAGUAUCGCUAUCAGCGCGUCACAGUCCCGGGAAGCGCUCGAAGAUAGGCGUUCUUCGCCCAGUCGGCCAUCCUUCCAAUCGCCUACCAAAUCCAGUCUCGCCAAAUCGCAUCCCGAUGUCCUCGAACGCGCACUUAGCAGAUCUCCUGUACGGCGACCGGUGAGUCGGGGAGCUCAAGAUGGACCGGGAAAUGAGUCGGAUAUGAGGGGUUUUCGUCGCAAAGCUAUGCGGCCGUCUUUGGGGCCCGGUAGCCCGUUGAAGGCGCCGCGAAUGUCUAUCGGCGGUACAACACUUCUCUCCUCGCCCAGCCGACGCGCAAGUGCCAUUGAAGCCUUUGCAAAACCACCUCGCAGGAUGUCCACGAAAAGAAUAAAUCCGUCAGACUUCACCUUCGGAUCUCCAAUGCCUACCCGGCCUGCAGAGGCAGAUACCCCAGAAGGACAGCUCGCUCAAGAACUCGGCGGCAGUGCGACUAGGGAAGAAGACGAUGCACCGAUUCUCGAAUCAGGCUUUGACGGCGCAUUCGAUGAAGACCCCCUCGAACCGGAACUCCCACCUACACCAACACAACUAGGCCUUGAGAAAGCACCCGAUCGAACCCAGGGGACUACUGAGUAG